AUGUGCAAGACGAACGAAGCUCCUGGUCCAGACGGCUUCCAGCCAGACUUGGAGCAUUUCAUCCGCCGCGGAUAUCUUGUCAUACCCUCAACAACCUUGCCAGAGGUGAACGAAGCAAUUCGGAGCAAGGCAGAAGCCAUCGCCAAUAUCGGUCCAGAAGCAACCGUUCUGUUGGGCGAUGAUUGCCUGCCAGCUAUUCCUGAGCUGAUGAACGUUUUGGAAGCUGCCCCUCUCCAAGCGGCUAUGAAGGCAGUUCUGGGCGAAGACUAUUUGCUUCAUGGCCAUCGCCACCUGCACCUCAGUUCUUUGCAGGAGCAAAUGUGGCACAAGGACUCGUACUGGGGCUUUCGCCGCAUGCGACAUCAUCGACCUCGUUGGUGCAUGAUGCUCUACUACCCGCAAGAGACAACACUGGAAAUGGGUCCAACACAUGUCCUUGCAGGCACUCAGUACUGGACCGUGGACACCGAGGGCUGGAGGCAAGGUGAGGAUAUCCUGGCAGAUUCCACCGGAGAUGUCAGCAUGUUCGUUGAGGGCUCCUCGGCUGAACGGCAACAAAAGCUGAAUGAAGCAGAGCAGCAACUGCUUGGUCCAUCUUCAUCCAGGGUGGCAGCGCUUGCGGAGGAUGUGAGCUUGACCGUCCCAGCAGGCAGCUGCGUCCUGAUGCAUUUUGAUCUAUUCCAUCGUGCUGGCUUUCGUGCAAAGGAAGAUGCUCCAACACGCUUCAUGUUCAAGUUCCAGUUCAUUCGGACUCGUGAUCCAGCCGUAGUGCCAAGCCCUCCAGGAGACUUUCGAUACCCGUGGCCUGAGAGCCCUCAUCGCUUGUCCUCGCUGUUGGCAUCAAAAAUGGAGCUGGAGGCUGAUGAUGGCAGUGCUGCCAACCCGGAAGACUUUUGCAAGCGCCGGCGACAGUUUCGUCACUGUGAUGAGUCUCCAGAUGUGCACAUCGCGGACGAGGCGCGCAGUGCCUGGGAAGAGUUGGGGCCCGUGCUGGCCGAUGUCCGCGAGUGGUUGCAAGGUCUUCCACAUCCGUGUGAGACGUGUCCAGAAAGCUCUGAGGAAGCUUCCCCAGAAGUGGAGAAGGGACUGGAGGUUCUGCGUGCUGCAGGAGCAGGACUGGGAAGUGAUGAGGAUAUGGAAAGGAGCCAUGACGAGGUACAGCUCGUCGCGGCAGCGUAUAAGCUGGGCCGAAGUGUGGACCGCACCUGGCUGGCACUGCUUUGUGCACUGACUGGUGGCUCCGAGGCAGUGGCGCGUGCUGCAGCCUAUGGUCUCGCUGCUGCAGGUCCUCGAGCCACUCCUGCGCUCCUCCCUUUGCUGAAGCAUGCAACGCUGCGGGUGCGAAUCCUUGCAGUUUUUGCCCUGGGUGAAAGCGCAAGGCCGUCCCAUGAUGCUCUUGCUGUCAUUGAAGAAGCCAUCUCGGCUGCACCGCCAUGGAGCAUGGAGACGGCUAAUCUCUUGCAGGCCCUUUCAUGCCUUUCGGCGAGAGCUCGUGCUCUUGGAGAAACUGGAUUGUGCCAGCGUUGCCUCGAGAUUGUACUGCCGUUCCUGUUGCCUUCGUCUGGGCACAACCUCGUCUGUGAGAACGCGUGCCUGGUUGCCUUGCAGGCAGGUGAGCUGACAGGUGAAAUGGGCAAAAUGGUGAGGCACGCGCUUGAUAGGAUUGCUGAUCGAUCAGCUGAUCCUUAUUCUGUUUGCUUCGCUACAGAAAUCCUCCGAAGGCAAACCUGGCCGGAGAGGCCAAUGCUGGAUGAGAGGAGCGAGCUGCUCGAGCCAGAGGAAGGUCCGCCCCAAUCCUUGUGCAGCGGGCAUCUGAGAGUGACGGGAAAGUCACUGCUAAUGGAGAACUUGUUGCAACUGCGACAAGGGACUUGA